CUGGUGCUGGAAAAUGGCAUCGAGCUGGCUGAAUGGUUUGAAGCCCUUCUUCCGGUGAAACUGAAAGAGGAAGUUGCCUCCUGCCUUGUAAAUCUUCGUGAACGCAAUGGAACUGUCGCCACCUUCUUGUCCGCCCUUGUCGUCAACGAAGUCUCCGCUCUCGGUAAGGCCUUCCCCUACAACUAA